AUGAUUGAUGAUAACAUUGUGGGUAUUGGUGAAGGUGUUGGUGAAGGUGUUGAUGAAGGUGUUGGUGAAGGUGUUGAUGAAGGUGUUGGUGAAGGUACUGGUGAAGGUGCUGGUGAAGGUGUUGGUGAAGAUAUUGGUGGAGCAAUUGGUGAAAAUGUUGGUCAAGUCGCCGAAGAAGCAGUUGAUGAAGAUAUAGGUGAAAAUAUUGGUGAAGCAUUUGGUGAAGAUGUUGGUCAAGUUGCUAAAGAACCAGUUGAUGAAUCAGAUGCAAUGUUAAGUGAAGAUAGCUUUCGUUCUCUUAAAACUGAUGAUUCUGAUUUAGAGGAUAAUAUGGAUCAUGUUGAAGCAUUUUCAUAUGAUGUGAAUAACCCUAUUACGGAAGUAGGAGCAAAAUAUCCAAAUGUAGCUUCAUUUAGAGAUGCAUUGACGCAUUUUGCCCUACUAAAUGAGUUUGAGUAUAACCUACAAAAAAGUGAUCUUUUGAGGGUAACUGCAACGUACGCAAAAUCUAAUUGCAAGUGGCGAAUCCAUUCAUCUAGACUUCAAGAUUCUUUAGUUUUUCAGAUAAAGACUUUACAAGGAGAGCACACAUGCACGUCGGCCAAUAGGUGUCGGAACAAAGUGGCAACACAAUCGUGGGUGUGCAAUAGGGUUAUUGAGUGGCUACGGUUGGAAGGAGAUUUAUCUACAACUGAAUUGCGGAAGAGACUGCAACAAAAAUAUCAUGUGGACUUGACCUAUUCCAAGAUAUUUAGGGGAAAAGAAAUGGCAUUGUCUAAGAUUCAUGGGCAUUGGGAGUAUUCGUAUCAAAGAAUCUAUAAUUUUAAAGAGGAAAUUGUUAGAAGAAAUCCCGGCAGCCACGUGGAAGUAAAGCUGCAAGUGAUUAAUGAAGAGCAUUAUUUUCAGCGAGUUUUUCUUGCAUUUGGUCCAUGCAUACAAGGAUUCCUCAAUGGAUGUAGACCUUAUAUUGCAUUAGAUGGAUGUCAUCUCAAAGGAAAGCAUAGAGGAGUUUUGAUAUCGGCCACAAGUAUUGACGGAAAUAAAUCAAUUUUUCCAAUAGCUUUUGGUGUUGUGGAGUCGAAGAACUCGAAUAGUUGGGAAUGGUUUCUUCAUGGGUUGAAGACAGCAAUAGGAGAAUCCGAAGGCCUAGUAUUCUCCUCGGAUAGACAAAAAGGCUUAGAUGAGGCCGUUCAAGUUGUGUAUCCAAGAGUUGAACAUAGAGAAUGCAUGCGCCAUCUUUAUGACAACUUCAAAAAAAAAUUUCGUGGGGACUGCUAUAGAGACAAUCUGUGGGCCGCAGCGAAAGCAUAUAUACCUAAUGUUUACGAAACUAGCAUCGCUAAGGUGUAUGAAGCAAAUCCAAUGGCUAUUGAAUACUUGCGGCAAAACCAUAGUUAUUUGUGGAGUCGAAGUAAAUUCGGAACGAUUGCUAAGUGUGAUUACUUGACUAACAAUAUUUCUGAAUCAUUCAACGCGUGGAUAUCUAAUGAUAGGCAUAGACCAUUGAUUGAUAUGCUCGAUACUAUCCGGCAAAAAAUAAUGGUUAAGAUGGAGGAUAGAAGAAAUAGAGCAAAAAAAUAG